AUGCUGGCUAUUCGACUCUGCUUCUCGAUCACUCUCAUCGGUUUUUAUGGUUGCUUGGGCUUAUCUUUUUCUUCGAACUCAUCGAUGACCGUAAAAAAAUCAAAGUCGAAACCGCUUUUCGUGGAAUGUCUCAACGAUGGAAAAUUGUUGUUCAAGGGCACUGAUUUGAUGUUUCUCGAGAUGAUCAUUUGCACGAAUGCCCACUGCGACUGCUUCACUCUCCAAGGAAUUCAAACAAUCGUCGAAGCCCCGUGUGUUCUUGGGCGCUUUCUGCAGAAUCAGUUCUUCGUCUUUCUGCAUAGAGGAGAGGAACCAGAAAUGAUCGGAGUGAACUGCGCCAAGGUGGCCACGUGUGACGCCAAAACGAUGAAUUUCGAAGGAAAACUCAAGAUCACCUUCAGCCAAUCGAUGAUGUUCACUUGUUUGAAUAGUCUCUGUUUUAUUGCCGCUAUUCUCUUUUUCGUUUACAUUUUGUGGGAUUGCUAUUGUGGCCGAGGUUUUAGUAGGGCUUGGUGGCGACGCGGUACGCGCAGAGCUGCUCCGGCUGCU